AAGGCGAACCUACAGCAGCAUAUUCGGAAAAGCACUUACUGAAUGUCUUGGAUGAAUUUUGUCUUCUUCUUUGCUACAUGACGCUAAAACUUGAUUUAUACAUACAUGUUAGCUGGUGCCAUGGAUAAAGAACAGUCGCCCCUCUCAGAGACCAGCAGUUUUCUCGUUAGCGGUGGGUUGCUUUUAUUAAAUUCCACAUGAAUUUAGUACGACCUCUUCCUUGCAUCAGAUGAUAGGACCAUUUAUUAGACUUACAUCCAAAGCAGUCGUUUAAAACGCCUGACCAUUGGACGUUUUACUAAUUGGAAUGUUGUCUUUAUUUCACAACAUAAUCUUAAGCAUUCAAGAUAUGGUUUAAUCUUGCCAUCAAUGAAGUCUGAAUUUAGAUGACUUAUAUGCGCUGUUGCCGACUGACAUUAGCCGUUUUUACGAGAAGGUUUGACUACAAAAUGUACCUGAAAAAGACAAGACUAAAAUAAAUAAUAUUUAGAAAAUCUAAUUUCUUUGAAAUUAGAUCAUCUAAACAAUGGCCCAGUCCUUCCCCAUGAACAGGAAACAUUUCAAUUUAUACAUCCAUUAUCCGUCUAAUGUUGGAUAGAUGCCAUCAAUUUAUAAAAUGCUCCAUUUAUGGACAGCAGUUUUCCUUCUUUGUUGGAUCGAGGUUUCUUCCGUGACCUUGGUAUCACAAAACUUUUCCAAUCCACUGAAUCACAUGGUGAUAAAUACAAGAGAGGGUUUCUUGUAUAUAGGAGCUAUGAACAGAAUAUAUCAACUGGAUUUAAGCUUGAAUAUGACUGAAGAAACCAUAACAGGUCCAAAAAAUGACAAUCCUAAGUGUGCGUUACCUGUCCGAGAAACACAGUGCGGAAUGAAACUUUCAUUGACUAAAAAUUACAAUAAAGUACUUCUUUUAAAUCAAGAAAACAAGUUGAUAUCAUGUGGCAGUAUAUUUCAAGGCUCCUGCCAUGUUAGAAACUUAGAAAAUAUUUCCAUUUCUACAGAUAUUAACCAACCUAUGGCUGCAAACCAAAGAAAUGCAUCUACUGUUGCGUUCAUCACUCAUAAAAGUGGCAUCUUAUAUCUCGCGACCAGUUACACUCGGAGUGAUCUGCUGGAAGAUAUAUCCAUUUGGCGAGUGUUCCACAAAAAGAACUGGAAGAAACUUGCUUCUAUCAGAUACAGUGAUAAAUUUAGAAAAAAUGUUGACCUGCAGUAUAUUACAGGCUUUAGUGAUUCAGACUACAGCUAUUUUCUAACAGUUCAUUCUACAGAUAAUUUCAAUGAAUCAAAAAUAAUUCAAUUCUGUGAAAAUGAUACAGAUUUAAAUUCAUUUGUAGACGCUCCACUCCAUUGCCAUGGUAAACAUGGGAAUUAUAGCAUUCUACGAGCAGCGUCUAUUAUUCAUACAACCUAUUCUAAAUAUCAUUUCCAAAAAGGAUUAAAUAAGCAGAACAUAACCCUUUUAAUGGGUGUAUUUAGUAGCGCUACAUCAAGACAUUCUGCUCUAUGCCUUUUUGAUAUGGAAAGUGUCCGCCAGAAAAUCUUGGAAAAUAUUCGUCAGUGUUUUGACGGUAUUCGACACCAAAUGAAUUACCCUUAUUUUCAAGGAGACUACUGUGUCACAGCUAUAAAACAAGAUAAACAGAUGAGCCCUGAACAGUAUAUGUGCAAUUUAGAACCACUUCCAAUAUAUGCCAAAGUUAUUGGACAUCUUCCUGUGGAAUCGAAGGCCGUUCUUACUUUUUCAAAUGAAACCUUAACGUCAGUCGCAAUGACAAAGUCCACAUCACACAUCGUGGUUUUAGCAGGAACUUCUAAUGGACAUUUGAAAAAGAUUGUCCUGAAAAACAGAACGCAUGCCAGGCAAUAUUCGAAAAAUAUUGUAUUGGAUGAAGGCAAUCCAGUGUUAGCAGAUAUGCAGUUAGAUAAUAAUUCCGAGUAUAUAUUUGUUAUGACUACUGAAAAAGUACACAAAGUUAAGAUACAAGAUUGUGAAUCCAGAAAAAGUUGUCAGAAAUGUUUGGCAGAUGAAGACCCAUUUUGUGGCUGGUGUUUUUUGGAAGACAGAUGUACAUUCAAAUCGCAAUGUGGAAAGAACUUUGAUCAAAAUCAAAAAGAAAGAUGGCUUUCAGGACCAGCCAACAAAUGUAUCUCCAUUUUCGACAUAACUCCUCAAUCUGUUUCUGUUACAAGUGUUCAAAAAUUAAAGUUGGAAAUGAGUACACAGUUACCAAAUGAAAGCACAUACCACUGUGUAUUCAUACAAUUAAAUGCCACGACCAGGGCAAGUAUACACAGAAGAUAUGUGCAUUGUGAAUCCCCAAAUUUUAUUGAAUUAGGUUACACUUUAGGAGAAACUUCUUCAUUAACAGUUACUCUGGCACUACACUCUAGUGAAACCGCUAAAAUGUUUGUACGGAAGAACUUCACUUUCUAUGACUGUAGUGCUUUUAAAUGGUGCACUAAAUGUGCCAAUAGUGAGUUCAACUGCAAGUGGUGUAUUUAUGAUAAUAAAUGUUUUCAUAGCAGCAAUAAGAAUUGUUCAAAAAACAAGACAAUUUAUGCAAAACUUAGCAGUGAAUUUCCAAAAUCUGCCCAAAAUUGCCCACGGGUAGAUCAACCCAAGAAAACUUUGUUCCACGAAGGUUUACCAGGAAAUUUUACAAUUCAUGGUCACAACUUACCACAAAAACCUAAUAAGUAUUUCUGCCUGUUUACAUAUGGUGACACUAAAUAUAAGAACAAGGCAAUUUCUGUGAACUAUCGACAGAUUUCCUGUACUGUGCCAAAGGUGAAACUAAACAACAUAGAUUCCAAACCCAUCUUCAACGUGUCCGUGUCUGUGAUAUGGGAAGAAAGAACAAUUGAAAGCGAAAACGGUCCAGAACCGUUAAAGAUUGAGUUCUACAGGUGUGACCGGGUUGGAGCAGACUGUGGUCAGUGUUUGAGUACAUAUUGGAGAUAUCCUAGCAUGAAGUGUGUUUGGUGCAGUACAGGCUGUGAGAAUGAAGUUGAAUGCAGUGGUCAAAUAAUGGACUCCUGCCCUGCUCCUAAGAUAGCAUGUGUUUAUCCUAUGUCCAGUCCUGUAAGGGGAGGCACUAACGUAACAAUUGAGGGCCAGAAUUUUGGAAUUCGUUUUGAAGAUGUUAAGAAUGUAACCUUAGACGGAAAUGCAUGUGAACCAAUAAAGUCACAAUACAAAGUAUCAAAAAGAAUUGUAUGCAAAGCAGGCCACAGUUCCAGCUCCCAGGAGAGCCAAGGCUAUGUAAAGGUGAAGAUCAAUGACUCCUGGACUUCAUCUACGAAAUAUUUUUUUUAUAAGGAUCCACAAGUCCUCAAAAUUAUUCCAAAUAUUGGACCAAUGUCAGGUGGUUCGCUGAUUACAAUUAUGGGUCGACAUCUCAACACUGGAAUGAAUAUAGUUGCGAAAAUUGGAUCAUUUGAUUGCCAUAUUCAAAGUCGUACUGUUAGCACAGGCAGCUGUGGUGAAAAAAUUACCAAUAUUACAAGCUGCGAAGAAAAAAGAUGUAUCUGCAAGACCUCGAAAAAUACCAGAAACACCACAAAACCUCUAGAUUUCACAAUGAUGUUUGAUGAUCACAGAUGUAACCAUAAAAAUUUCUUCAGAUAUCUUACUGAUCCUGUUAUUAGUCGAAUACAUCCAUUAAAAAGUAUUUCAAGUGGUGGCAUGAAUUUAACAGUCACUGGUCAAAAUUUCCAUGCUGUGAAAUAUCCUAAGAUGUAUAUUUCCAGCGACAACUCACAGCCCAAUAAAACCAAAUAUGAGAACUGUGUAGUUUUGAACAACACUACAAUGAUAUGCCCCACUCCGCCCUGCCCUAUAAGUCUGAACCAUCAUAUAACACGCCGUGCAGUACGGUCUCAUCAAGAGCAACUUGCUUUCUUAAUGGACGAUGUUCAGACUGUGCAGCACCUGAACCAAACGCACACCACCACGAAAUCGGUUUUACACUACUUUCGAGAUCCUGUGAUCAAUCCAUUUAGCGGCAUCGAUAAAAUCAAGCGUCUUAAAGCAGAAGUUUUGAUAAUAGAUGGUAAAAAUUUAAAUCUUGCUGCAAGAGAAUCUGAUGUUAUAGUUCGUAUUGGCAAUGAGAGAUGCAACAUCACAACGUUGUCUAUUCAUCAACUGGUGUGUCGGCCUCCUACAGUUCAACCACCUGGGGAAGAAGGGAAAGAUAUCUCAUUACCAGCUGUUGUCGUGAUAAUUGGCUACAAACAAUUCAAUGUUGGAUAUUUAGAAUAUGACACGGGAAUGUCCCUUCCAAUGAAUAUCAUCAUUGGAAUAGCUACUGCUGGUUUUAUUGUAGUCAUUCUCAUCUCCCUUACUAUGAUCACCUAUUGGCGUAAGAGCACGCAAGCUGAACGCAGAUACAAAAAGAUGCAGAUCCAAUUGGAUAAUCUAGAAAGCAAUGUGCGGAAUGAAUGCAAACAAGCAUUUGCUGAACUACAGACAGAUGUGACAGACUUAACCAGUGACCUGCUUCCUAGUGGCUUCCCUGUAUGGGAUUAUUCCCAGUACACAUUUAAAGUGCUCUUCCCAGGUGUUUCAGACCAUCCUAUUUUACAUCCCCACACCGAAAGAAUGGCUGGUCGAUCCCCUGGUAUGGUAUUCAUGGAAACUGGACUUCAGCAAUUUCAUCACUUACUAAAUAACAAAUACUUCCUUCUAACAUUUAUCCGAACUUUAGAAUGUCAGAAAGGUUUCAGCAUCAGGGACAAAGUUAAUGUUGCUUCAUUGUUGUUGAUUAUUUACCAAAAUAACAUGGAAUAUGCAACAGACAUCCUGAAAGCUUUGUUAGAUGAACUAGUUGAAAAAUCAGUGGCGAGUCGACAUCCCAAAUUAAUGUUAAGAAGAACAGAAUCUGUAGUUGAAAAACUCCUCACAAACUGGUUAUCAAUAUGUUUAUACAAAUAUUUAAAAGAACACGCUGGCCCAGCUUUAUUCAAAUUAUACAAAGCUAUAAAGCUCCAAGUAGAGAAAGGUCCAGUGGAUUUUGUUACUGGUGAUGCAAGAUAUUCGUUAUCGGAAGAUAGAUUAUUAAGAGAGAAAAUAGAGCCGAAGACAUUGAGUCUUUCAGUAGAACAUUCUAGAGAAAUUAUACAGUGUAAAGUACUAGAUUGUGAUACAAUCACUCAAGCUAAAGAGAAAAUGGUCGAAGCUCUCUAUAAGAACACUUCCUAUUCCCAAAGACCCCCUGUCCAUGACCUGGAUCUCGAAUGGUACCAGGAUAUUAACUCCCAUGUUACUCUGCAAGAUGAAGACAGCACUACUCUCUAUAAAGAUGGCUGGAGGAAACUAAAUACUCUUUCUCAUUAUAAAGUUAGUGAUGGUGAUAACGUUGCACUUGUCAGAAGGCAGCAAUCGAUUAAAACAAUAAAUGGUAAUUUGGAUAAUUCUAUAUCCUCAGACAGCUCAUCAGUACCAAUUAUGCGAAUAGACAGUGAUUCAGGUACCAAAAUAUGGCACUUAGUUAAAUUGAAUGAUGAUGUCCAGGUGAAAGAUGAUAGCAUGAAAAUGAUCUCGGAAAUAUUCCUGACACGACUACUCUCUACAAAGGGUACUCUGCAGAAAUUUGUUGAUGAUUUAUUCAAGACAAUCUUAACUGUCGACAAUGCAUUGCCGCCAGUUGUGAAGUAUCUUUUUGAUUAUUUGGAUGAAGCAGCUCUACAGUACAAUAUCACAGAUGCUGAAGUUGUGCAUACAUGGAAAAGCAAUAGUUUACCUCUACGAUUUUGGGUCAACAUAAUUAAAAAUCCUGAUUUUGUAUAUGAUAUCAACAAGCCCCAUAUUGUUGAUUCCUGUCUAUCUGUGAUAGCACAAACCUUUAUGGACAGCUGUUCAACAACAGAGCAUCGACUUGGAAAGGAUUCACCAUCAAAUAAACUGCUGUAUGCAAAAGAUAUUCCAAAUUACAAGAAAUUAGUCGAACGAUAUUAUAAUGACAUAUUGGAAAUGCCGCCAGUCAGUGACCAAGAUAUGAAUUCCUAUCUAACAGAAGUAUCACAGAUGCCUACUGGAAUGUUCUAUGUUCCAAGUGCACUCGUUGAACUCUACAAUUAUAUUUCUAAAUAUAAUAAAGAGAUUCUACUUGCAUUA